AUGGAACUGAAACUAUUGCUAAGGCGGGUGGGCUCGAUAGUCCGUGCUAUCCUGACUGUCCUCUUUGCCCUGGUGGUGCUGGGGGUGAUGGUGUGGGCUUACGUCCAGGGCUUCCAGCUGGCCACCUCCCCAUAUGGCAUCAUUUCCUUUGGCUUCUACGGCCUCCUGCUGGGGCUCCAUGUCCUGGUCCAGAGCCUGUUUGCCUUCGUGGAGCACCGCCGCAUGAGGGCCCGAAGCAAGGCCAGCACCUGCACCUUCACCAAGACCAUUGGCUUCACUAUCUCAGCCUACCAGGAGGACCCAGAGUACCUGCGCGAGUGCCUCAACUCCAUUCGGGCCCUCAAGUACCCUCCAGAGCUGCUGCGGGUCAUCAUGGUGGUGGAUGGGAACUCAGGGGACGACCUCUACAUGCUGGAGAUGUUUAGGGAGGUGUUUGCAGACCAGGACCCUGGCUGUUACGUGUGGAGGAAUAACUACCACACAUGGGACCCCACCCAGACCCAGGAUGCUAGUUAUGGGCUGGGAGAGGACCCCCAGAGGAGGGAGGUGGAGGAUCUGAUCAACAGCAGGAGGUGUGUGUGCAUCAUGCAGAAGUGGGGUGGAAAGAGGGAGGUGAUGUACACAGCGUUCAAGGCACUGGGACAGUCGGCGGACUACAUACAGGUGUGUGACUCUGACACCAAGCUAGACCCCCUGGCUACGGUGGAGCUGUGUAAGGUUCUGGAGAGCAACCAGAAGUACGGGGCGGUGGGAGGAGACGUGAUGAUCCUCAACCUCAAGGAGUCCUACAUCAGCUUCAUGAGCAGCCUGCGCUACUGGAUGGCGUUCAACAUCGAGAGGUCCUGCCAGUCCUUCUUCAACUGUGUCUCCUGCAUCAGCGGCCCCCUGGGUCUGUACAGGAAUGACCUCCUCCAGCAGUUCUUAGAGUCCUGGUACAACCAGAAGUUCCUGGGGACUCACUGUACAUUUGGGGAUGACAGACAUCUCACCAACCGCAUGCUCAGCAUGGGCUAUGCCACCAAAUACACGGCCCGUUCCAAGUGCUACACGGAGACGCCAGGCCAGUUUCUCCGGUGGCUCAACCAGCAGACGCGCUGGACCAAGUCUUACUUCCGCGAGUGGCUCUACAACGCCAUGUGGUGGCACAAGCACCACCUGUGGAUGACCUACGAGUCCAUUGUCUCUGGUGUCUUCCCCUUCUUCGUCACGGCCACCAUCAUCCAGCUGUUCUGGUCAGGCACCCUGUGGGACAUCCUCUGGGUCCUCUGCUGCAUCCAGCUCAUCGGCCUGAUCAAGGCGGCCUAUGCCUGCAUCCUGCGCCGUGACCUGGUCAUGGUGUUCAUGUCCCUCUACUCUGCCCUCUACAUGACCAGCCUGCUGCCCGCCAAGUACUUUGCCAUCAUCACCAUGAACAAGAGCAGCUGGGGCACGUCGGGCCGCCGCAAGAUGGUUGGGAACUACAUCCCCCUGCUGCCUCUGUCAGUGUGGGCGGCCAUCUUGCUGGGCGGGUCCUGCUACACCAUCUACAAGGAGAGCCAAAAGGACUGGUCCACGCCGGCUAAGGUACUAGAGACCAGGUUUCUGAUCUACGGCUGUGUGGCGUACGUCUGCUACUGGUUCCUCAUGAUCUUCCUCUACUGGGUGUGGUUCCGCAGGCUGUGUAGGAAACGCUCACAAAGUUAUGACGUAAGCGUAUAGGGACAGUUUUCUAUACAAGGAGAAAAAACGGGAUAUUUAGUAUU